GACAAUUCUUCCACAAUCCUGUCCACAUUUCCUGUCCACAUUUCCUGUUGACAAUCCUGUCCCUCGGCCCAUCAUCUCUCUCGCCUCCCUCCUGCCAUGCUCACCACUCCCCUCGAUCCUGCCCAACAUACUUGGCCGCAGAUGGUCCCCUCGGCCGCAUACCCGGCCACAUACCCGGCCCCGCUGGCCACCCCGGACCAGUCAACACAUCCCGACUCGGUGGCCUACUACUAUCUCUACAUCCUUGAGACUCUGUACCCACAGCAGUUCCUGACAUCGCUGGCUGCCCCGACGACCUCGCCCAUCUUCAAGAUCAUCAAAAAGUUUCUUAUCCAGUCUCGCGACUCGCUCUCGGUCUUGCAGAUGGCCCUGGUGUACCUUUACCGCAUCACUACUGCUCUGCGCAUCGGCCCUGUCCUGCGCUCGGCCCUGUACUCGCUCGAGAAGAACAUGUGCCUGAUAUCCGGCUCGCUGCCGAGCCAUGGCUAUUAUUGGGAUCCUCCGAGUCUGCCCUCGGGCUGCUUGCCCGUCGUCGUCGCCCUGCCCUCGGCCCCGCGCUCGCCCUUCAACUGUCCCGAGAUGAUUGUCCAUUCAGGGACUCUGAUGUUUGUCGCUGCCCUCGUCGUUGCCUCGAAAGUACACUACGAACGCAGCUAUGCCAACAAGAUCUGGGCCCAGACCGCGGGCCUGCCGCUUGAAACCUUGAAUCUGGCCGAAAGGAGGCUGAUGGAGGAACUGAACUACAAUAUGUUUGUCCGGGCCGAAGACCUGGCUCCCCUCUCAGUCUUUCCACCCUCGAUAGCCUGCUGCCCGUAGCAGCGACGUACGAGGAGCCUUCUG